AUGAAUUCUUUAAUUUCCAGAGAUUCGCAGAUCAAGCUGAUGGAGUCCACCGUGACCAACACGGAGAAGCACAUGGGCCAGUUCUGCUCCAUCCUGGCCGCCUACACCAGGAAGACGGCCAGGCUGAGGGACAAGGCUGACCUGCUGGUGCGGGAGCUCAGCGACUUCGCCAACACCGAGGAGCCAGAGCUGCGUGCCUGUCUGAAGAACCUGGCCGAGGACCUGGCCAUGGUGCAGGACUACCGCCAGGCCGAGGUGGAGCGGUUAGAAACGAGAGUGGUCGCGCCCCUGAAAGCCUACGGGGACAUCAUCAAACACAAGCGUGCAGAUAUAAAGAAAUACAACGGUGAACGAAACAGGGAACUGAAAGAGGUGCAGAAGUUGGACAGAGUUCGGCUGAAGAAUCCAUCAGACAGGCAGGGCAUUUCUCAGGCCGAGUCUAACGCCCUGAAGGCUUCCACCAACAUGAACCGGAGCUCACGACAGCUGGAGGAGACCAUCAUCGACCUCCAGAGGCAGAAACUGGAGGAUGUGAAGAGAACGUUCUCAGACUUCUUAACCGUGGAGAUGGUCUUCCAUGCGAAGGCCCUGGAGGUUUACUCAAGCACUUUCCAGAACCUGGAAUGUCUGGACAUUGAAAAGGACCUGGAGAUGUUCUCCAUGCGGUUCCAGGUGUACGAUAACGGCGCGGAAAAUCAGACCCUGCAGAGCGUUCGUUUCAACUCGUCCCUGCCCAGAUACCCCAGCCCCAGCCCCACCCACACCCCCACCCCCUCCUCCCUGAGGCAACACACGAUAGAACACCCCCGCAAGGCUCGCAGCAGCGGAACCCUGCGCAGACAGCAGGAGGUGGACGAGGAAGAGGAGGAGGAGGAAGAGGAAGAGUACGAAUCAGACGAAGAGGAGAAAGAGCACGAACUGAGGAGCACGAGGGAGUCCUACGCUGCUGAGUACGUCAGAGCCCGGAGACACAGGAAGUGA